CGGUCAACUUGCAAAAACAACAACAAAGUCUUUACCAAACGCACGAAACGGUUCCGAGAAGAAGUCAAAAUCGUAACCAACCAAAGAAAAAAACCCAUCGCCGAAUUCAACGCAGCCUUGAGAGAGAGAGAAUCUUGGUAAUGGUGUUCAACAGUGCGAUGGUUAUGGCGGUGGCAGAAGUCUCCACCGACACGUGGCAACUGAUUUGGAGGGUUCCGUCGUCGCAGAGGAUCGAUACAGAGCAGCUUUUUGACAUAGCUGUUUGCUUCCCGAUUCAUCAAUUGAGUCGUUUCGUUCUCUGUUUAUGGACUUUCAUGUGUCUUCCUUCUUCUGAUUCUUUCUACUCUUACACGUACGAGACUUUAUCUGCUUCUUCUUCUUCGGAGGCUGAUGAUGAUGAUCGACUUGCUUUUGAUCAUAAUAAUCUUUAUAAUCGUCGUGAUUAUUAUUCUGAUGAUGAUGAUCAAUCUAUUUCAUCGUUUGAUGAUGACAAUUAUGAUCACUACUCUCAUUCAGAUUAACAAUUUUUUUGUAUAUAUAGUUUUUCUAAAUUUUGGGGUUUUCUGAGCUGAUUGAUUUAGGUAAAUGCCCUGUUUGGUGAAAGUUACAAUCUGUUUUUUUUUAGACACUGUAAAUUAAUAUACACGUGGAUAUUAAUAGAUUUUCCAUUGAAUUUCCCAUCUUUGUGUUUUCAAUUUGGUAUUGUGUUUUAGGUUUGAUGAUAUAUAUUAUGCAAUGGUUUUGUUCUUGCCAUAUUUGUGAUCUCAAAGAAGCUUCUUAUAGACUGAUUUUGUGUGAGAAGGUUUCAAUAAUGUUUUGUGUUUAAUUCUCAUUUCCUAGUAAGACUCUACGUAAACUGAUUGGUGUAGACGCUGAGGUUAGGAUCAAUUGAAUCAAAUAACCAAGUUUUCUGAGAUUUGGGAGUCUUGAGAGACAAGAAGUUGUUGUGUUUUGAAUAGGUCAAUAUAAAUUUUUCUUAGACCAAAUUGUCUUCUUGCCAUGUUAUUUGUUAUCUCAAAGAAACUCUUAAUUUGUGAUAUUUGUAGCCG